AAUAAGAAAAGGCGGCAGCCGCGUUUCCCAAAUGACUGAGUUCACUUCAGGAGGUUAAUCUAUGAGUUAAACCUCGAGCCACAUUUACUGUAGCCUACAUUAGACAACAAUGUGUUCAGUUGAGUCUUUGAGAGAGUUUGUCAACGAGCGACUAACUGCUGCUGCUGAAGAAAUAUUGGGAGUUUUUAAAAGAAGCAUCGUCGAGUACGAGGAAGAGAUCGAUCGUCAGCGCAGACUGUUGGAUAUCGUUUUGAAGCCUGAAAUAAAGUUACACAGGACAGAGCUCCCACAGCAACAUGUGUGUAAGGAGGAGGAGGUUGUCCCUGAGCAGCAGCUCUGUAUUGAGGAGAGGAAGUCCAGUGUGGACCAAGAGGAGCCAGAGCCUCCAGAGAUUAAAGAGGAAGAGGAGGAAGUGUGCAGCAGUCAGGAGGGAGAGCAGCUUGUAGUGAAGCAGGAGACUGAUGGCUUUAUGUUGACUCCUGCUGAUGAGGAAAGUGAGCACAGUGAAGAUCAGACUCUGGACUUCAUUCAUGAUGACACUCAAAGUGCAGCAGAGAAAGAGUCUGUAUUCAAAAUGCCAGUUAUAAGCUCUGUGAUAUCAGAAGCAACCAGUGAGCACCAGCUGCUCUGUCACAACUCUCAUGUAGCUGAGAGCCAAGAUGAGGAAGAAUACCAGCAUGGAGACUCAGGAUCAACUAGAAACACAGAGCUUCAAGCAGAGAAAAGACAUCAUGAAAGUGAAAUGAACAGUAACAGUCCACACACCUCUGCUGUGAUAAACUUAAAUACAGGUAAAAAGCCUUUAAAAUGUGACAUAUGUGGGAAAGUUUUUGAGUGCAAGUCAAAAUUGCAGAGACACCUGAACAGCCACACAGGUGAGAGGCCGUACCUUUGCAAGACCUGCGGGAAAAGAUUCAGUGAUGCAUCAGUAUUGAAAAGGCACAUGACAAUCCACACAGGUGAGAAGCCGUAUACUUGUAAAGUAUGUGGGAGAGCUUUCGGACGUAAUGGUGACGUAAAAAUCCACAUGAGAACGCACACAGGUGUAAAGGUGCAUCACUUGAGCACAGAGGUUCCAGUUGAAGUCACACAUAUACAGGAGAGAGACUGUUUACAUGCAAAACAUGUGGCAGAGCUUUCAGAGGCCUGUUCCAUAAAGCAUGCUAAGAAAAGUGGGGAGUGAAGUCCAAAUCCUGAAUU